GAGCCGGUGGAGCAGCUCGUCGAGCAGAUAGUGCACGUCCCCAAGAUCCUACAGCAGAAGCGGAUCCAGCACCGCAGCGUCGAAAUGAUCACGGACGUGCCCGUGCCGCAGAUCGUUGAGGACGACGAUCGUCCAGGUGCCGACGGUUGUCCAACAUGCCCGUCAUCAUCAUGUCGAGGUUUGAGCAGCACGUGGAUGUCCACGUCCCCGUGGAGCGGGAGGAGAUCGUCCAGGUGCCCAAGGUCAUCCCUCAGAAGAGGGUGA